AUGACCCGGCUACAUGACCUUGGGUAUUUGGGCCAAGCUUUCUGUAGCAAGGUUUUAUGCUCCAGAGUAAGAGAUAGCUCCUGGUCCAGCAUUCUGGCUCUGGGACUACCUCAGGCGCUCUCACACAUGGGAUAUCCAACUAGUCCACCAUUCAGAGAAUCCACACCACUCAUACUAGAAAAACCAAGUUCACAGGCGAAUUUACAAGGUGUCACAAUCGUGAUCGCAAUUGACAGCAAUAUCCACAAGGUCUUGAUUUCAGGCAUCGUACAACCCCCUAUCGCAUUUGUGUCCAUGAUGAGUGAAGAGAGCAUACAGAACCCUGGUAUACCCACACCUCUGGUAUCUAAUAUGCUUUGCAUGCUUACCUGCCUUGCAUCCAUCAGUUUGUUUAACACAUUCAUGAACUACCCGCCUAUCAUCUUAUUCACAUGCAACCACAGCACUCCAGGCCGCAUCAAAGACACAAUUGCAAACUUGAAGAACAGCCAAGGGUUCACUGUGGAUAUCAUCAGCAAAUGA